AUGGCUGCCGUUGAGGAAUGUGGCGAUAGAGUUCUAGAAAUCACGGAUGACCAUGAAAAAGACUCCUUUUUGGUAAUGAAUGAGAUGCGAUCCUUCGACGAGUUAUGUGAUGUCACGCUUAAAGUAAACGGAAGGGAAAUUCGGGCCCAUCGAGUCAUACUAGCAGCUUGCAGCCCAUAUUUUCGAGCCAUGCUAACAACUGGGUUUGUUGAGAGCAAUUUGGGAACAAUAUCCUUACAAGACUGUGAUGAAAAUGUCGUAGAGAAACUUGUGGAGUUUUUUUACACUUGUGAGCUUACUAUCACUGAUUCCAAUGUAGAAAGUAUGCUGUGCGCGGCCGCUUUGUUCCAACUCCCUUCAGUAGUUGAGGAAUGCUCUAAUUUCUUAGAAACGCUUAUCCGCGUUGAAAACUGUCUCGGAAUUCAGUCACUGGCAAUGCAGUAUUCCUUGAAUCAUCUUGAAUCAAAAGUUAGCAGCUUUAUCAGUUGGAAUUUUAUCGAUGUUUCACGGGAGAACGAGUUUGUUUUGAUUCCUGCUGAACAGUUGAGCAAGAUAGUGGGAAGUGAUCGGUUGCAUGUUAAAAUGGAGGAAGAUAUAUAUGAAGCUGUGAUCAGAUGGUACAAGUAUGACAGAGAAGAAAGAUUCAGGUUCCAGGUAAGCUGUAUUUUGUAAGAUUAGUUGUUGAACCUCGUUCCUGGGGACGAGGUUGGACUUCCAUUUAACGUUCUCUGAGGCUUAAAUUAAAAUUUUAUAUGCGAGAAAAGUCAAAAAAUGAAUAUUCAUACUCGGGAUACAAAAAGACAGCAUUACUUCCUGUGAAAUUAAAAACCUUUCUCAGUCACUUACAUCAUAGGAGAUGAAUGAAAUGGCAUGACACAUGUACACAUGUGUCAACUGUGUCAGUCGUGUCAGUGUCUUGUCUGUCUUGCUAGCUGUCAAAAUUCUCCGGAAGAACAAAAAAGCGAGUCAGGUCAAAUGUCAUCAAAUACCAUUUUGAUUGGUCUCAAUAUUUUUUGGUGUGGUGGGGAAAAAUCCGUCCAUGAAAGACCUUCCUGGGAGCUCGCUCAGUGCGACUGUAGUUCACAAAACACUGAAGAUUUUGCUGUGUGGUGUAGACUUGUGUCGAAGGAAAUUAUGCCACUUCAAUGAUCGCGCUGGAGAGUGCGAAGUGGUUUGAUUUACAACACAUUUUUUUAUUUUGGACAAGGCCAAAGCACUCCUUAUUAGAAUAGGGAGUCAAAGAGCAUGAUUUACAUGAUAACAGGAGAGACACAAUAAAGGGCAGGAGUCGGGAGACAAAGGGUAAAAAAUGUACCGCAGGCGGGAGAACCGGUAAGAGAAGCGGGAGAUUCUGACCCCCGUCCCCCCAACUAGUAUGAUCAGAAUGAAGAGAAGUAAUAUAUCCGGUCACAUUAUAUUAGCCACUUAUUUUUGAAUUAUGGACUUUUUUCUAUCAAGUCUUUGUUAUACUGUUAGUUGCAUCUAAAUGUGGACAUGGGCAAAGAAAUAAUUAUGUUCUAAUAGGGUGCCAAGCAUGACUUGUCUGGUUCCCAAACAUUCAAAAUUUGAAGGGCAUUAGACAGAUGUUCAUAUGCCAAUUAGGUGACUGUUUGGUGGCUUAAAGUAUCUGAUCUGAUUGCUGUUUUAAGAUUUGAAGCAUGGUUUUAAAUGCUUGAAGGUGGAGUGUUGUUUCCACAAGAAGCUUAUUAGCCCCUAGUGGUACAUAGUGAACAUAUAGGUUUGAACUGAGUGUCAAGUAAUGCUGCAUUGGACACUUUAUAUAAUACCUUCAUUUUUUCGUUUUUUCCCACUCUUUCCUUUCUGUUGCUGCUGUUCUGUACACAUUUAUCUCCAAAAUGUUACCCACUUUAUAAGCCAUUCCUUUGAGACUCCUUCAGAUAAACCUUCAAUAUUCCCAGAUGCUACUUGCUAUGCAGUGUAUACCCACACAAAACUAAAUAUUUUUUCCCUUAAAUUCCCAGACUUGCUGAACAAGCUAAUGCCCUCAGUUAAAGUACACACAAAAGUGAGAAAAUUUCAAACUAGAAAAAAACUGCAUGGACGUAAGAUUACUCUUAAAAUAAGAAGACUAAAUGCACGUCAUUGUCAUGGUCGUGGCUUUCAUUCUUUAACACACCUUUUUGAACAUCUUGUAGGGUAUAUUUGAGUUGGUUCGUUUCCCUUGCAUGGGGAAAGAGUUCUUAAUGAACAUUGUCUUAAAAGACGAGCUCGUUCUUGCUGUAGAUAACUGGAAGAAGCUGAUAGAGGAAGUCAUAAAUGACUUGGCUUCUCCAUCAAGCAAUAAAAAGAAGUUAGCUUUAAGGCGAAAGUCUCCAAAUGUUCUUUACUUGAUUGGAGAACUAUCGAGCCGGAUUGAGACUUUUGAUCUUGAAAAUGGAAUCUGUCGCCCAGUAACAGGAAUGGCGCCAACCACUGGUACUGCUGUUGUCGUAAACGAAGAAUUAUAUGUUGUGCUGGGAGGUGGCACUCGAGUGGAAAAGUAUGAUACAAAAUUGAAUUCUUGGUACCAGAUCGGAAAUGGAACAAAGGAGAAUGACUGUGCCGUUUGCGAGAGUAUGGGCUCUAUUUAUGUUGUUGGGGGCGGAAAGCGCGCAAAAAGUUUCAACCUCGCGACUCGCACAUGGAACCAACUCCCCAGCAUGAGCAUGCGCAGGAGCUGUCACAGAGCUGUUGGCGUUCUGGGAAAAGUGUAUGCUAUAGGUGGAGUUACAAUCCCAGGGGACCUAGCAGUUGCCUCGGUUGAGUGUUUCAAUCCUGCGAGCAACCGAUGGGAAAAGGUGGAGCCCAUGAAAAAGGAACGCUUUCGUCACGAGUCUGCAGUGAUGAAGAAUAAAAUUUUCGUUAUUGGAGGUCUUGAUGGGCACAAAGCUCCUUUGAAGUCGGCUGAAGUGUUUCACCCAGCAACGAACUCGUGGAAUUUUAUAACUUCCACAAAUCAUCCACGACGUGAUUUUGGCCUGGGAGUUAUUCAAGAUAUGAUGUUUGUAUUUGGAGGUGGUGGGACUAAUACUAUUGAAAGCUAUAAUAGCAACUCUGAUGAGUGGAGGAUCGUCGGAAGUCUGGCUACUAGGUGGAACACUUUUCGUUGUGUUUUGUGUCCUUUGUUUAAGAUUUAACUUUUCAAAUUAUCUUUGUUCAAAUUCAGCAUCUGGAAAACACACUGUGGCUUUUUAAGUACCGUGGAAUGUAUUUAAAUACACCUUUGACAAGUCUCUUCUUUGAUUUGUCGCAAUGAUAAGGGUGCGUUUUGUAACAGAAGUUAAGGACCUUCAUGGAUAAUGUGAGGUAUCAAGUAAAAAAUCCCGA